UUGAAUUUGAGAGAAAGAAAAAAAAAGGAAAAAAAAGAGACAUGGUUAAAAAGUAUAAAUUCAUCAUUGGUAAAGAAGAUUUAAGAUCAAAAUGAGUGCAGCCUAUUGGUUGGGAGCACAUGGUGCAACCUGGGAGAAUCAAGGUAGCUGAUUGGUCAUUGAAACUCCACAUCUCCAAACUCCACCAGGUGUGUGUGAUUACUGGGAGCAAGAGGGAACUUUGUUUGCAGUAAAUGUGCUUCUCCUACUGAAUUUGGUGGGUUUUGGUGUUCAAAAUACCAAAGGAGAAAGACUGUUGAAAAGCCACAAUGUUUCAUCAACUUUGAGAUGCAACUGGUUAUUAAGCUAACCUUCUGGAAUUAUCAUUGAGACAAGUACAAAAGAAGAUCUAGUCAAUGAUGAGAGAUUUUCAAUAAACUGCUUCUAUGAUGAAGAACCAGAUGGUUUGAGUUAUUCCAUGCACCUUCAGAGUUGAUUGAGGCCUUUUUCAAGUUUGGGCAGACAUUGAGGCAAAGAAAAACCCAGAUAACUUGACACUUAAUAACCAGCGCUUGUGGAUAAGAAGAUUAAAGGCUUCCGAUGGUCCAGAAAGUAAAGGUGGUGUGAAGGAAUCAACAUUGUCAAAACAAGUCAUCAGUAAAUUGAGGUGUUUAAGAAGACGUAUCUUUGUGACUUGAAACAAGAUGGCAGAAGAAGCUUUGGGGAAAACAGUGGACCAACUUAAGCGAGAGAGAACCACUGCAAAGAUGUGUGUUACAAAGCAAGCCAAUCUUCUCAUUCGAGAGUCAAGCCAAAUGAUUGAGUCUGAACUCAGGAAGGAAUUCCAGAAACUCUCUUCUAGUGCAAGAGCACUUUUUGAUGCAAAUGAUGACUAUAACAUGGGAUUGCUGGCAGAGCUGGAAGCUAAAGCAAAGAGUGAUGAGAAAGUGGAGCUUGAAAUGCAGCAGGUAGCAGAUAUUGAGAAGACUGUUAAUGAUUGUGAGACAAAGCUCGAAGAGGUGCGAAAAAUCGUCCAAAUCAACUUGUGGCAGAGGUAUGGCCAAGAGGAAUUGACUGUUGCAGUCCAGGAAGCUGAGAAAGCUUGUGAUCAUUCUGCUUCAAUACCUGUUGCUGGUGUCAAUUGUGAAGGAUAUGAAGUUCAUCUAAUUCACAUGGAAAAGCUUGUGAGUAGAGCAGUCAAAACACUAUCCAGCUGGGAGCGAUGGAUUCCUACAGGAGAGAAGAAGGACUUUGAGAGCAGAGUAAAGAGGUUAAAAGUAGAGAAUAAUGGACUUGUUUCAAGAAAUAGCGAGUUUAUUACUGCACGUAAUGCUGAAAGAAGUUCUCAAUUUGCAGGUCCUUUAGACCCAAACACGGGUCUUCAAACAGUGCCAAUUACACCAGUUGUGAGGAUAAGACCAACAAGUUUGCCUAGAUUUGGUGGUAUGAAAAGAGAUUUCUUCCGUUGGAAGAAGGACUGGGAAAGUUUGCAAAAACAAGGUGAACCAACUGGAUCAGUAGAGGUCAAGAAAAUCCAGCUCCUGGACAGUUUGGAUGAAAGAAUCGUUAAGGACCUAAGGCUGUCAAGUUACAGCAACGGAGAGGAUGUGUUUCGAGUGCUGGAAAAUCGAUUUGGCAACAAGGUAACAAUUGCCAUGGAAAUUAUUGAAGAACUGGAGAGAUUUCCGAGUGUGAAGGGCAAUCAACCCAGAAAAGUGAUAGACUUGAUCCAGACUGUAGAAAAAGCUCUAUCUGACCUGACAGAUCUGGGGAACAUUGGUGCAAUUAAGAACCCUCUUGUAAUCAAGUCUAUUGAGAGUAAACUGCCUGAAUUUGUAAAAAGAGACUGGCUUUUCUUCAUGAUUGACCCUAACAAUGGUGUGACUCCAGAAAAUCACUUUGACCUCCUGUUGGAGUUUUUAAGAAGACAGGAAGAUGUUCUUGAGAAACUUGAACAGCUCAGAGUCACAGAAAAGGUAGAUAAAUCUGAAAAUAGAUUUGAAAGGAGGUAUGCAUCUACAAAAUCCACGAAGAAAGAUUCUGAUGGUGGGUGUACUGUGUGUGGAGCUGUAAAUCAUAAGGACAAAAUUUUCUUCUGUAAAAAAUUUAAGGAGCUAAAGCUAGCUGAAAAGAAAGCUGCUCUGAAGAAGAUUGGAGCAUGUAAGAAGUGCCUUGGAUGUCAUGAAGGUAACGCAGACUGUAGAGACACAUUCUUGUGUAAAAAUAGAGAUUGCAGAAGAGAAAAUGCCCCAGAUCAUCAUUAUUUCAUCUGUCCAAGAAGAGAAUCCACCACUGGCACUGAGAAAAGGUUUUUAAAUGAUAGCAGGAAAGUAAAUAUGCUUACAGCGGAGCAGGAGGAACUUUUAGCUGAACUUUCCCCAGAGCUUGCUGAGCGGUGCAGAAAUGCCUUCACCAACAAAGCUGCAACAGUGACCCGCACGGGAAAAACCCAAGUUGGCCUUCUAGAGGAAAGUGGGGUACAAGAACUACCUGUCAUCAUGAUGCUCAUGGAAGUAACCGCCAAUGCGGGGCAGAGGGUUGGAACUUUGGUAGAUCUUGCAUCAGAUACUAACUAUAUAACCCACAAGGCUGCAGGACGCUUGAGGUUAAGGAGCGAAGAUGUCACACUGAUAGUGCAUGGAGUUGCUGGAAUGGCCAUCAAGGUGAAGACCAAGCGAUAUCUGCUUCGAGUCAGAAUAAAGACUGAAGAGGACAAAGAAAGAGCACAUGAGCUUCUUUGUUACGGCUUGGAUGAAAUUGCUAAAGUGCACAAGGUCAUAAAACCUAAGCAAUUGCAGAGAUUCUUUCCUGAAGUCAAGCUUGAAGAGUUGGUAAGACCUAAAGAGAUUGAACUUCUUAUUAGCCAUCGAGAAGGGAGAUUAGCCCCACAACGAGUGAAGGUUGUGGGGGGUCUUGUCUUAUGGGACAGUCCUUUGGGAAAAACAGUAGGUGGCGCUCAUCCAGACUUAUUUGAAGAGAUUAACCUAUCUGCAUAUGAGUCCAAAACCCAUUUUGCUCGCUCCAUGAGAACAGCCGCUGUAAAAUAUGAAGAGGAAGUGGGAGGAAUUGAAAUGCAAGAGAUGUCCAAGUCAGUCCAACUACCCCAAGAAACUGAGACUGAGAGCUGA